AUGUUUCCUCCAAGCUUGUUGAAAAGGCCAUUCAUUGAUGAUGAGCCGCCUUAUCAAGGCGAGAGCGGUCUAGACACGAGACGUGAAGAGAAGAGACCUCGAACACUUCCAAUCCGCACUUCGCCUUCCACUGCUCACCGAUCUGUCUCGUCUUCAUUAGGCGAAUUCCAAGAAGAGCACAGGCACACCUCUCAUCAUUCAAAGGUUGAUGCAGCCUCGAACCUGCGCGAAGAUGCUUACCCCAGCCCUGGCAUUACAAAGUCGCACGGCGCUUACUUGGACCCUGACGUUGAUAUGUCAGACGAGAAUUAUGAGAGUAAUGGCCAAGCUCAGUUAUCAAUAUCCAAUCCUAGCGGCCCAGACUACAAGUCAUUGCUAUCUUUGAACCAGUGCUGGAAACAUCAGGGUGGGUUUCGGCCCUCUUCUACUGGAAGCUACGCCUCAGCAUGGAAUACGCUGGAAUCGAAGCCUGAGUGCCAGUCACCACCAUCGAAUCCGUUGCAGGAUCCCGGAGAGAUGAUGCCAGCACUGGAGCCGAGUAGCAUGCCAAGGAGUCCAUCCGCCGAGCCAGAUGUCGACAUGGACGAAAGCGACAGCGUCAAUGGCAAUAAGAGACAUAGAGAAAAUUCCAAGCUUGUCUUCAGCAUGGGCUUUCGGGCGGACUGCGAAAAGUGCCUCAUGAGGGUCCCAGGACACUACAGUCAUGUUUAUCGAAGAGAAGAGUGA